AUGCUCUCCCGGUUCCCCUCCCCGUGUGGCCCCCAGCAGUACUCCGCUAAAAGCCGGACCCUCUUUCAGUAUGCCAGAAAUGGUACCUGGCUGGAGAACGUGGCUGUUCGUUCCAAUGGCGACGUCCUCGUCACACGUCUGGGCGUCCCUGAACUUUGGAGUGUCGACCCACGGGGCCAACGCAAUGCCUCUCUGAUUGAAACGUUUCCCAAUUCUCGCAGUCUGUUCGGCAUUACUGAAAUCAGUGAGGAUGUGUUUGCUCUUGUCGCAGGCAACUUCUCAAUGGGGAGUCUCUCUACGCCGGGCACCUAUGCUAUUUGGAAGAUUGAUCUCACUACUUCGGACCACCCCGAGACCUCCCUCAUCACCAAAGUGCCCAAAGCCGAUUUCCUCAACGGCCUGACCCUAUUCAACAACAACACCUUGCUCAGCACUGAUUCCGCCAAGGGCGUUAUCUGGCGCAUCGACAUCACGCACGGGAACUACUCAAUUGCCUUCUCCGACCCCGCAACCAUGAAGCCCGCCCCCAACAGCCCGAAACCCGUAGGCAUCAACGGUAUCGAGGUCCGCAACAACUACGUCUACUACACCAGCACCACAGGCAUGCUAUUUGCCCGCGUGCGCUUCAACGAAUACGCUGCCCCGGUCGGUCGGGUCGAGAUCCUGGCCCGCGGCUUCACGCCCGAUGAUUUUGUUUUGUCCCGCAACGGCACCGCCUACGUGGCAGCCAAUGCAGAGAACAGCGUGCUGAAGGUCGAGCCUUCGGGCCGGGUUACUUUGAUUGCCGGCAAUCUCUUCACGACUGAUCUGGCGGGCGUCACUGCGUUGGCACUUAGCCGGUCUCAGGAUGUUCUGUAUGCCGUGACUGCCGGUGGGCAGUUCGAACCGGUCCUGGGUGCUAUCAUUGAGCCUGCAAAGGUUGUUGCCAUUCAGCUCCAGGUUGACAAACCGGAUUCUUGA